AUGAGCCGUCCAAAAGUCGUGAUUGCGCGCCAUUUGGGGGCGGAGGUGAUGGCCAUGCUUGACCGGCCGGAUAUUGACGUCGUCGCGUGGCCAUCGGAGACGAAAGCUUGUCAUAGGAAGUGGCUACUGAGUAACGUUGUUGGUGCGACCGGGCUGUUGAUUAUGCUUUCGGACAAGGUUGACGCUGAGCUACUGGAUGCAGCUGGAGCUGGCCUCCGUGUCGUUUCGACCAUGUCCGUCGGCUAUGAGCAUGUGGACGUUUCUCAGCUGGGAAAGCGAGGAAUCAGGUUGGGAUACACGCCCGAUAUCUUAACAGAAGCAGUCGCCGAUGUGUCUGUCAUGCUUGCGCUCAUGGUGGGCCGGGACGUCGGAAUUGCCACUGCGGUUGUGAGGAACGGAGAGUGGCCGAAUAACCCUUGGGCGCCGUUUGCAUUCUGCGGUCCACAGCUGAGCGCAAACUCCGUUAACCCGAUCCGCACCGCAGGCUUCAUCGGCUUCGGGCGCAUCGCGCAGGCAACGCUCACUCGACUUGUCCCAUUCGGUUUCACCCACUGCGUGUACACAGGAAACCCGUCUUCAGCUGCGGAUCCCACCCUUGAUGCAGCGCUCGCAGAGAAGUUUGGCCUGCGCAGCGUGCGGCGGGUCGCGUUGGACGAGCUCGCGCGCGAGAGCGACGUGGUGUUCGUGCUGGCGCCUGGCGGACAAAGCACAUUCCACGUGGUGAACGAGGCGUUCCUCAAGCAGAUGAAGAACUCCGCCGUGUUGGUGAACACGAGCAGGGGCCCGCUGGUUGACUCGGACGCCCUGGCGAAGGCGUGCCGCGAGCGCUGGAUAUGGGGCGCGGGGGUGGAUGUCGUGGAAGGGGAACCGAACAUUACUGUGGACCAUCCGCUCAUCAAGGAGCCGAGGUGCAUCGUGCUCCCUCACAUAGGCAGUGCGACGACGGAGACGCGGUUAGGCAUGGCGACACUGGCUGUGAAGAACCUUCUUGGCGGGGUUCUGAACGAGGAGAUGCCCACAGAAUAUAAAUUCACGUGA